AUGAGCACAAUUCCUUUCGAAAGCAAGGCAUUGGUGCACCAGACGUCAGCUCGCGCCACUGUGGCUGGUCUGCUGAUAGGGUCGUUGGUGCUUGUGUCGAAUUUCCAAUUUGGCCUCCAAACAGGCUGGGUGUCGAUGAUGUCGCUGCCCUCAGCACUGCUGGCGUGUGCUAUCUUCAAGCAGGUAAUACCGAAGGUGUACCCGCAAAUGGCGGCUUUCACAGACGUCGAAAACGUGUAUAUCCAGUCUCUGGCGGUCGCGGUCGGUACGGGACCGCUGGCAUACGGAUUUGUGGGUGUCAUACCGGCAAUCGAGAAUUUUCUGACGUUUGAGGAAUCGGGCUUCACGCGGGAACAAGGUGCGCCAUUCACGUUCGAACAACUUCUUCUAUGGUCCCUAGCAUUGGCAUUCUUUGGCAUUUUCUUCGCAGUUCCGCUCCGUAAGCAGGUCAUCGUGAGGGAAAAACUGCGGUUUCCUAGUGGCAGCGCAACUGCUACGUUGAUUGCCAUUCUGAACGGGUCUGAGAUACUGCAAGAGAUCUCUUCCUCAGAGCUCAAAGAGCUGCGAGAAAGGAGACAUCGUGAGUACAGUGACGUCUUAUCCAGUGAUGAGUAUACUUCACUGAGGCAGGAUGAGCAACAAAACUCGGCAGUGGAAGAUGGGGACGAUGAACGCGCAGAAUCCGUAGAACCAAGCCAGGCUACAGCUUACGGCACAACGCCAGUUACUGCAGCUACUGCGGCCGAUUCCAAGUCAACCUACGAAAAGAACAUAGCCAUUUUGAUCAAAACUUUUGCCGUGUCUUCCCUAUACACCAUCCUGUCCUAUUUUGUGCCCUCCAUCAAGGCUAUCCCCAUAUUCGGAUCGAAAUUGUCGAAGAACUAUCUAUGGAACUUACAACCUUCUCCGGCUUACAUUGGCCAGGGCAUUAUCAUGGGCUUGCCAACCGUCAUUUACAUGCUUUUCGGUUGCGUUUUGGGUUGGGCAGUGCUCGCACCACUGGCCCGUUACAAGGGCUGGGUUGAUCCUGACGUCGAUAUCAACGACUGGGAAAACGGAGUCCAAGGUUGGAUUCUUUGGUCAUCCUUGGCGGUAAUGGUUGUAGACUCGGUCGUUGGGUUCAUUGUGUUCACUACUAAAUCAACAGUAAGAUUCUGCCUUCGCGACGACAAAAGAAUGGCGCUGGAAUCAAUGUUAGACGAUUCUUUGCAGUCUAUGUUACUUGAGGAGGAGAGAAUAAUAAACAGACAGAGUUCUGGGGGUCGACGCCAAAGCACCGUGAAGCUCGUCAGCGCAGACCAAGACCACGAAGUAGACUCACGCCAGCUUGUGAAGCUGACCACCGUUAUCAGUGGCCUUAUUGUCUCUUCAAUAAUAUGCGUUGUGUGCAUAAUCUAUCUUUUUGGAACAAAAAUCGUUCCGCUAUCAUCUGUGCUGAUUGCGCUAGUAUUGGCUCUGUUUUUGUCAGUUCUCGCUGUAAGGGCACUAGGUGAAACUGACCUGAAUCCUGUGAGUGGCAUAGGAAAACUGUCACAGCUGGUCUUCGCAAUGAUCACUCCUCGGUCGAUGAAAGGUGGUGUGCUCCUGAAUUUAGUUGCUGGUGGAAUUGCUGAGGCUGGCGCCCAACAAGCUGGCGAUUUAAUGCAAGAUCUGAAAACAGGACAUUUGCUGGGGGCUUCUCCACGAGCCCAAUUUUUCGCACAACUAAUCGGGGCAUCGUGGUCUGUAAUACUUUCGAGCGUGAUGCACAUUCUCUACAACCGCAUAUAUGAGAUCCCCAACGCUGAGUUCCGAGUGCCAACCGCAGUCAUAUGGAUCGACUGUGCACGGUUGGUAACGGGCAAGGGCCUUCCAGACAAAGCCCUUGAGUGCACAAUUGUUCUUGGCAGUGUGUUCGGUGUUUUAUCGCUGAUCAAAAACUUGUAUCGAGACAAUGGCUACAAAUGGCUGCUAUGGAUUCCGUCAGGCGUUGCCGUCGGUGUUGGUAUUUACAAUGCGCCAAGCUUCACACUGGCUCGGGUCAUUGGGGGCUGGUUUGCACACAUAUGGCUGCGAACACAUCGGGGCAACACCUCUGCAAAGACAUCCAUGAUCGUGUUCAGCUCGGGCCUCGUGCUGGGAGAAGGUAUCUGCAGUAUUUUCAACAUGAUAUGCGCUGGAUAUCAUGUUCCUCACUUAUAG